AUGAAUUAUCAGGGUCUCGUAGCCCUACUGUUCUUACUUAUCUCAGUAAAUGAAGCCAAAGUGUUUCAGAGGUGCGAGCUAGCUAAGCUUCUGAAAAAAGCGGGCAUGGAUAGAUAUUCUGGAAUCACCUUAGGGGAUUGGAUCUGUUUAACCUUUUAUGAAAGCAAUUUCAACACCAAGUCUUUAGGGGGUCCCAACCCCGAUGGCGGCAGAAACUACGGGCUUUUUCAGAUAAACAGCCGUUGGUGGUGUGCCAUUAAGAAGGGCAAACCAUUUUUGGGGUGCGAAAAUUACUGUGGUGAUUUCAUGGACGAUGACAUUGGCGAUGAUAUUGCAUGUGUGAAGAGAAUUGCCCGUAAACCGGUGAGAAUGGAGGGCUGGCUAAUCAAAGCAUGGGCAGAGGAAUAG